GUGAGUGCUUUACUUAGUACAUUAAAAUUCAUUUUUUAAAAAAUGUAUUAAGUAUCUUCCGGUAUAUCUGUUACAGGAAUACCUUUAACGGAAAGGAAAUACGUGUUUAUUGCAUGUACUAGUCAGAUUAAGCACCAUUGCAUUUAUUUUCGAUUGGAUUGUUUUUGUCUGCAGUAAAACCAUGUACACAUUGCAUUACAAGGAACAAGGAUAUCGAACGCGUUUAUUGAGGAAAACCCGUCCAUUUACAUAAUGUUAAUACUUUUAAGAGAUCAUUUCAUUUCUAUCACAAAUAAGAGUAAGUUCAAAAAUAUGGUGACUUUGUUUAUUACUUUUUUUACACUCCUUCAGUUGGCGGUGAAAGUUUCUAUGCUUAUCUGCAAUGGAAUAAAUGGAUCAGGGUGUUGUCAUGGGUACAAGUGGGAUCAUUCACAUAGGAAAUGUAUAGUAUGUGAAUAUGGAUUCUUUGGGAGGAACUGUGACACCAAGUGUCGAUACCCUACGUAUGGACAGGACUGUCAGUCUAAGUGUGACUGUGAUGUCCUAAACUGUGAUUAUGUCAACGGUUGUACACAGCCUACAACAAAAUAUAAGGUUCAUUCUGCCUUACACACGAACGACAAGACCGCUACAAAAGGGCAAACUGAGAUACAUAACGUCAGAAGUGAUAAAGAUAUUUCUAAUGUUUCGACAGACACUACUAAGAAUUUUACUUACCCGGUUUAUGAAACAAAGAAAACAGAACCUAAAAAGAACAACACUCUCAUGUUUGGUAUAAUAGGACUAAUGACAGUUUCAUUUAUCAUAUACAUGAUGUAUCUUUACACACGACUAUUAGAGAAACGCUUAGUGAAUUCAAUCUCUCAGUUUAGGUGAAAUAAUAAAUAACAAAAUUGAUCCAUUUUAUAACCAUAAUCUCUUUUAAGGACAGUAUCUAAAAAAUAAAAGUUGCGUACAGGUGAAUGAAAUUCCAGAUUUGAAUUUUUUCGAUGAUGCUUCAUAAUAAUAGCUUUAAUUAAUUGUAUUAACAUUGUGUUCCAUUCUAGUAACCACAAUUUUCAUUUCUCCAUAAUUCUUUGAAGGCCGGAAAGUGAGAGAAACGAUUCGUCAAAUCAAUAAUGACGUCAUAAUGGUUCUAGCAUCAACAAGACACUCUGGAAUCAAAUGUUAAAUCUAGACCCUAAUUUCGAGUUGAAAACCGUUAUUUGUUGUUGACAAGAUUAUUUCAAAUACAAACCCGACAUCAAUAAUAUUUUAUUAAACCAACUUGUCCCAAAAGGUGGAUGUUUGAUUUUAUCAUUAGGAUAGAAACGGAUUUUUCAUUCAUUUUACUUCAAUAUCCAAAUAUACCUUUACAUCUAGUAAAUUAAUAAC